UCUGUUUUUGGUCUCGUUGCUCGACAUAAGAGAUUGUUUGAUUUUCUAAUUUGAGGUUCAGAUUCUGGUAGCUUGAUUGCCAAGACUCUUCAUCUUGAUCGUCAAUGGGGAAGCAAGUCGAUAACACGUUCACUUGGGUGAUUAAAAAUGUCUCCACUAUGCGAGCUCAUAAAUCUAGCCGUUAUAAACAGUUCGUUGUUGGUGGAUGUAAAUGGCGUCUUAUUGCCUCUACCGAAUUUAAUGAUGUUGAGGAUUACUUGUAUGUGUCUCUGGACGUUCCUAAUCGUGAGUCUUUGCCUUCUGGAUGGAGAAGACAUGCAAAAAUUACCCUAACUCUAGUAAAUCAAUUGUCACAAAAAUUCCCCCGACAACAAGAAACACAACAGUGGUUUGAUCAGAAUAACCCCCGAUUGAGUUUUCCACCAGUACUAGACCUCACAGUAUUUGCUGAUAAAUAUGGUGGAUUCCUGGUGAACGAUGGAAUCAUAAUUGUUGCUGCGGUAGAUGUUCUUGAAGUUAUUGGCUCAUUAGAUGAACCAGAGAAGUCUCAAAGCAUGGAUGUCAAAGGGUUUCAAGUUCUUCCUUCACAGGUUGAUGUGGUGAAGACACUCUUUGAGAAACAUCCAGAUCUCGCACAGGGUUUCAGUUUAAAGAAUCAACACAUCAAGAACGCUUACAUGAAUGCUCUGCUUGACCUAAUCAAGACACUGUGCAAAGCUUCUAAGGAUCUCUCCGUGAAAGACCUGAAGAAAGCAGACGAUACGCUCUCUGAUCUGAUAAAAGCAGGGUGGAAUUUGGAAUGGUUGCGUAAGAAGCUGGAUCAGGCUUUGGAAAAACAGGUAGAGUACGACACACGGAUCAGGGAACUCGAGAAUCAGGUCAAGAAGCGAAAGCUGGAAUUGGAAGAGCUUGAAACCGCCCUAGAGAAAGAGAAAGCUGCAGCUUCCGCUUCACUAAUGUUGUUGGACUGA